AUGGCGAAGAGUUUAUCCGAUGUAAAAAAUUCUGAAGAACAAACGAAAGAACGCUUGCUCGAAACUACAUUGGAGACUCUUAACAAUAAGCUUCAGACCUUGGAGGAGGGGAUCAGUUCUAAAAUGUCUUCCGUCACUGACAUACUGCUAGUUCACUCCAAAGAAUUGAGAGAACUGAAAAACCUCGACUCUGACACUGAAUUGUCAUGGCUGAGAAAGGAAAAUGCCAGACUAAAAGACGAGAAUGAAAAGAUAACCGAACGCGUAAACAACUUAAGCUUUGUGCUAGCUGAUUUACAAGACAAAGCCGCACGAAGAGAAAGCCAGUCUAAUGACAAGUAUCCGGCUAUUGUUUAAGGAUUUGGAAUCCACUCAACCAAUAAAUGUAAAUCACCUUGAAACUCCUCAUGACCAACAACAAGCUGUUUUGGAAUGUUCUUCAGAUACGAAAGACACAAACAGCGAACAUGUGGUCACUAUUCCAACAAAAAACAGUUUUUCACCCCUACUUGUUGAAGAAACAAAUACCAACGACAACGAAACCGAUGCAGACAAUGAAAACAACAAGCGACAACAGAGAGAUUCUGCUACCCAAACGGUGAAAAAAGAUCACAACAGCCACAAAACAAGCCAGCAUAUGAGCAAAGAGCAGGCUCGGAGACAGGCCAUCGUCUUAAUGUGGCCAUUAUUGGAGAUUCCAUGGUGAAACACCUAAACCCCUCCAAGUUGCGUAAAGGCACAAAGCAUAAUAUCAACGUGCAAACCUUCAGUGGAGCCAAUGUUGCUGAUAUGCGUUAUUAUGUGAAACCAGCAAUAUCAAGAUCCCCUGACUAUCUGCUCCUACAUGUUGGAACUAACGACUUAAAGCGACAAACCCCUCAACAAAUAGCUGGGUCAAUUUCUACGCUUUGCCAGGAAAUCGUAAAGGAAUCACCAAAUACUAAGAUUGUAUUAUCGAAAGUUAUAACCAGAUCUGAUGACUCAAGCCUAGAUUCCCAAAUCAAAGAACUAAAUUGCAAACUAUCACAGGUAUGCCAUAAUAAUAAAUGGGGUGUAUUAAAUCAUACCAAUAUUACAGCAGAUCACUUGAAUCCUUAUGGUCUCCACUUAAAUAAGCAAGGAACAGCCAAGUUGGCCAAGAAUAUUAUAGAUCAUUUCAAAAACUUAAAUUGACAAACGAACAAGCAAAAUAAUAUUACUCCCUCAGAUGAUAGUAAUAUACAGAGGUUUAAUUCCAUUGAAAACGAUAAUGCCAAUAAUGCUAAUAGCCCUCUGGGUAAUGAUGUAAAUAUAGACAACAAUCACACGCUAGCGGCUCUCUUUUUCCUAAACUUAAAGGUUUUAAAGUAUGUCAUCCAAAUAUAGCAAGUUUGAUAAAACACUAUGAUGAGCUUUUGCUAUACAUGCAAAACAAACUUUUUGACAUUAUAACGCUUAACGAAACUAGAUUAGAUAGUAGCGUACUAAACGGUGAAAUUGAAAUUCCUGGUUAUGAUAUUGUUAGGCGUGAUCGAAACAGAAGCGGAGGAGGUGUUGCAAUGUAUAUUAGAAGCAACAUACCAUACACCAUUCGCAAAAACCUCUUCCCUGAUAAUUUAGAGUUGAUUUGCGUAGAAAUUAAAAGCAUCACUACUGGAUGUUAUCCUCACUUAUUAUGGUGAUGAUAAAAUAUUAGAUACAGGAGUAAUACACCUUGGUAUCAGUGAUCAUAGUCUUGUUUAUCUGUGUCGAAAGCUCAGCAUUCCUAAGGCGCCACCAAAAACUGUCUUUACUAGACAUUAUAAAAAUUAUAAUGUUAACCAGUUUAACAACGAUCUAAGUGAGGUUUUUAGUUUGCCCUUGGAUUCAGCUAUUUUAACUGACCCAAAUGCCUUAUGGAACGAUUUUAAAAAUAAGUUUUUGAGCGCCGCAGAUAAACAUGCACCAAUCAGACAACGUCGUGUCAAGAGUGAAUAUAAACCGUGGCUGACAAAUGAAAUUAAGCAAAUGAGCUAUCGUAGGGAUUACCUUAAAAAGCAAUCGAUUAAAUUAAGAUCUGCGUAUUAUGAUAAGGCUUACAAGAGAUGUAAAACAAGUUAA